AAGUGCAUAUUAACAUCCUAAGUUCCGACACUAUUAAUAUAUGUGUCCAUCCUUAAUCAUGUAUCUUCAUGCAGUACUACUCUUGUUUCUUUCAUGGCUCCUCCUCCUAUUACCACAACCCACAGUAGUAGUAGCCAAAAACAUAACCGACAACAUCGCCAAAGUAACCUACGAAAGCUUCUUCGUCACCAAGCAGCCCGGUUGCCCACUCGAAUGCGGAAACAUAAGGGUCCGUUACCCGUUCGGCAUAGGGGUUGACUGCUCCUUGGAUUCGUACUUCGAAAUCAACUGCACCUCUGAUUCAGAGCCCUUCUUGGAACGCCUCAAAGUCCUAUCCAUUUCCCCAACCCAAGUCCGGACCCGAAACUUUGUCGCUUCUAGGUGCUACAACGAGACCGGAAAUGUGAUCAGUGAUUUUUUGGCCUGGGUCCGAUUGUUGUCGGCUUGGCCGUACACGAUUUCAGACACGGCGAAUAAGUUUAUGGUCUUCAGCUGCGAUGAUUUUGGCCAACUCUUGGGCUCUAGUACUCAAGCUGGGUACCUCGCUAGAGAAUGCGGGUCUCUAUGCUCCAACAGUGUGGACAUGUCUGAUUUAAAUUGUCCCGGUAUUCGUAGCUGCCAAAUUAAUAUUCCGAAGGGGCUGAAGUCGUACAACGUUUCCUUUAAAAGCUUUGAAAAACGUAGCCAGGUUUGAUCAUACGACAACUAUAGCUAUGCGUUUGUGGGAGAGCAGGAUAGAUUUAAUUUCAGCAGUCCAUCAGAUAUUUCGGACCCCAAUUUCGGGAACCGAGUACCCAUAGUACUUGAUUAUGCGAUUGGAAAUUAGAGUUGUGCUGUAGCCAAUAAUUCAAUUGCAUAUUUGUGCAACCCCAAUAAUACUUUGUGUACUGAUAAUACGGAGAGUGGCUUAGGAGGAUAUCUUUGCAGUUGCAAAAAUGGUUACCAGGGCAAUCCUUAUUUGAGUCCU